AUGGAUAACGGCGAGUCAAAAUCGGAUCGUGACCAGCGAGUCGACCGAUUAUGGAAGCGCCUGGACACUAAGGGAGAAGGUCAUCUUGAUUUUCAAGGUCUGAAAAAGGGGUUCAAAAAGAUUGAUCACCCUCUCAAGAAUGCAGACAGCAUGCUGCGCAGUAUCAUCAAGGCGGUCGAUACCAACGGAGAUGGCUAUAUAGAUUAUCCUGAGUUCCGCGCCUUUGUCGACCACACUGAGCUCGGAUUAUGGCAGCUAUUCGAGAGCAUCGACCACAACCACAACGGCGAAAUUGACAAGAAUGAGCUCAAAACUGCCUUCGCGAGAUCCGGGGUAACGGUCUCGAACGCCAAGCUGGAAGAAUUCUUUGCGGAGGUCGACAGGAACAAGGAUGGCGUCAUCUCUUAUGCGGAGUGGAGGGAUUUCCUGCUCUUCCUACCCGCCUACUCGUCCUCCAACCUACGCUCCGUCUUGUCAUACUACACGGCCACGGGCAAUCUAAACCCGGAAGGAGAUGUCCACAUCAAUGAUCUGCAGGGUUUAGGUACAGACCUCUCGUUUCUUAGAUGUUAUAUCUUGGCCAUCAAAAACCUCUUGCACCAUAUCUCCCCAGUGCAUCUCCUGGCCAGCCUUCUCCCCUCAGCCUAUGCGGAAAUCGGCCCAUUCGCAUUCGAGACUGCUUCCGUACCGUCAGAUGCCGAUUUGGAGCUGGAGUGGCUGCCCAUACCCAGGACCGUCGCCAUGUGGAUGUCCUUUCGAUAUUAUGAAAAGAAGUUAACCGAGAACACUCCUCAACUAGGCUAUUUCCUCGCGGGCGGAAUCGCAGGAGCCGUGUCACGGACAGCCACUGCUCCUCUUGAUCGACUCAAAGUCUACCUUAUUGCUCAGACUGGUGUGAAACAGUCCGCAGUACGCGCGGCCAAGGAUGGGGCUCCGAUACUUGCAGCGGGGAAGGCAUCCAAAACACUUGCCGAGGCUGUCAAAGAACUAUGGCGUGCGGGAGGUCUUCGGAGUUUGUUUGCAGGCAACGGCUUGAAUGUAGUCAAGGUCAUGCCCGAGUCAGCCAUCAAGUUCGGCGCCUACGAGUCGGCCAAACGCGCUUUUGCCCGCCUUGAGGGCCACAAUGAUACGAAGCAACUGAAGCCAACUUCCCAGUUCUUGUCCGGAGGCUGUGGUGGAAUGGUUGCACAGUGCUUCGUUUACCCUCUUGAUACUCUCAAAUUUCGGAUGCAAUGCUCAACUGUUGAAGGUGGUCCGCGAGGCAACCAGCUCAUUGCAGCCACGGCCAAGAAGGUCUGGAACAAGCAUGGGAUUUUCGGCUUUUUCCGUGGUCUGCCGCUGGGCCUUGUGGGAAUGUUUCCCUACGCUGCCAUAGAUUUGACGACAUUUGAAUACAUGAAGCGGGCCCUUAUAGCACGCAAGGCACGGCUUCACAAUUGCCAUGAAGACGAUGUCCCGCUAAACAAUUUCACCACCGGAGCGAUCGGCGCCACGAGCGGAGGCUUCAGUGCCUCCAUGGUCUAUCCUCUUAACGUGCUACGAACAAGGUUACAGGCUCAAGGCACUAUUCUCCAUCCCACCACAUAUACUGGCAUCUUCGACGUCGCCCGCAAGACCAUCCAAGCAGAAGGCUUCCGUGGCCUCUACAAAGGACUCACGCCUAACCUCCUCAAAGUCGCACCUGCAGUUUCGAUCAGUUACGUUGUCUACGAGAAUGCCAAGCGAGCUCUGGGGUUGAGGUAA